ACUCGAGUCUUCCUGCAGUGAUUGUUUUCGAGUAAAAUAAGCCAAAAUGUCGGCACAGAAAUACGUGAUCGGACUGGCCUUCCUGGUCGCCGUUCUACUGACCAUCAACGCUGUACCUGCUAGUGGCACUAUCGAUAAUCAUGCCGCCGCCGUCAACAAAUCGCACCACCUGAUCGUCGGCAACAGGAGGUCUGGUGACAGGCUCGUGCUUAGGCAGAACGUCCAGAAGAACCCAUCUCACAUUAUAGUCACUUAUACGAAGACAUUCAAUGUUUCUCGAUCGGAAAACAUCACUAUGGUUAAGGCGCUGGAUAAGAUGACUAAUGGCAAUGGCGCUUAUGCCAGUAUCUUGCGAGGUGGACCUGGCUACAGCAACGUCACUAUCAAGUUCAGGAGUAAGAGGAGAUACGGCAUCAACUUUGUCGUUGAGCUCUACGCACAUUAAUAACUUGAUGGGAGCAACUAAUAUUAUUCAUCGAGCCAAAUUAUUUUAAAUGAGAUAGAUCAAUUGUAAAUUAUUAGAAAUUAGACAUUCAUGUUAUGUGCAUUAAAUGAAAAUAAAAAAACCUUGAACACUAGCAUUCGCUAUAAAGAAAUAAAUUAGUAUUCUAAUUAACAUUAUGCUGUGAGAAUUUUAAAGUAUAUAUCUGAAUCUGAAUCUGUAUGUUACAUUCAUCGAAAUAGAAUAAAAUCAGCGUACAGUAUUUUUGACUUUUUUUCUUAACAUAAUUUAACAUAAUUUUCUUAACAUCUCUGGAAUGUGAAUAUCUGUAAACGCGACAUUAAACCGUAAAAAUACA